AUGAAAUCUCCGACACUACUAGCGGUCGCCUUCUUAGCCAUUGGUGUAGCCUCUGAAUACCAUACUAAGGCUGCAUGUACCAACAACGGAGUAACCGAUAAAGUGUUGACAGAGAAGGUCUGCACGUUUUAUAAAACCGAUGGCUUUAAAUGGAAUGAGAAAGAUGAUCACUGUCCUGAUUGUUCAUACUCCAUUGGCCCCCCCGCAGCAUGCACCAGUCCACAUCAGCGCCUAGCGGGGAAUCAGUUCAAACAAUUAUGCGUGCAAAAUGGUACCCAAGAUUGGACACGCGAUCCCAAAUGA